ACAAGGCUCAUCAGAUUUGGAGAGCAGCGUUCUAAGCCAGAUGGGAAGGGAUGCGAAGAACGCUCUACUGGAGGCUUUAGUGGCAGUCAGCACUCUGGUCUGAUGGGACCUAGGAGAGGGAAAGGCUGUGCCCCCCAGCAGGGCACGCAGGACGUCGGGAGCUCGGCUCCUCAGGCCUCCCGGGCGUUUGGAUCGGAGCCAUCUCCGCUCCCUCCCGAUGGGUGUGCGCGAUUUCGUAAGUGGAUGUGACCGCCACCGAGCUAAAGCUGCAAGGAAAUGCGAGCGAGCCGGGAGGCAGGGCGGGAGAGGAGCGAGCGGUGGGAGGGAUGCAGGGGAGGAGCGGCGGGAUGCAGGGCGCGGCGGGAGGGUGCGCCGGAGCGGGCGUGGGCCCGCGGGACCCGGGGACCCGAGGAAGCGCGCGAGGGCGACGCCAGGUGGGCGCGAUGCUGCCGGGGCUGCGGCUGCUGCUGCUCUUGGGGCCCUCGGUGCCCUGUCCCCUCGCGCCCAGGCUGGAGCCGCACAGGCCGACGACGUGGUGGAGCUGGAGUUCUCCACCCAGCGGCCGCUGCACCUGGUGAGUCCCGCGUUCCUGUCCUUCACCAUCGACGCCAACCUGGCCACCGACCCGCGGUUCCUCACCUUCCUGGGUUCUCCAAAGCUUCGUACUUUGGCCAGAGGCUUAUCUCCUGCAUACUUAAGAUUUGGUGGCACCAAGACAGACUUCCUAAUUUUUGAUCCCAAGAAGGAGCCAACCUUUGAAGAGAGAAGUUACUGGCAAUCUCAAGUCAACCAGGGUAUUUGCAAACCUGGAUCCUUCCCUUCUGAUGUGGAAAAAAGGCUACAGUUGGAAUGGCCCCUCCAGGAGCAGCUGCUGCUCAAAGAACAGUAUGAGAAACGGUUUAAGAACAGCACCUACUCACGAAGCUCAGUGGAUAUGCUGUAUACUUUUGCAAAUUGCUCAGGGCUGAAUUUGAUCUUUGGUCUAAAUGCAUUACUGAGAACAGCAGAUUUGCAGUGGAACAGUUCUAACGCUCAGUUGCUCCUGGACUACUGCUCUUCCAAGAAUUACAACAUUUCAUGGGAACUAGGCAACGAGCCUAACAGUUUCUGGAAGAAGGCUGGUGUGUUCGUCAACGGAUCACAGUUAGGAGAAGAUUUCGUUGCGUUACGGAAGCUUCUAGGGAAGUUCACUUUCAAAAGCGCGAAAAUUUAUGGACCUGAUAUUGGCCAGCCCCGGGGAAAGACAGUGAAGUUGCUAACGAGUUUCCUGAAAGCUGGUGGGGACGUGAUUGACUCAAUGACAUGGCAUCACUAUUAUUUGAAUGGACGCAUUGCUACCAAAGAAGAUUUUCUAAACCCUGAUGUGCUGGACACUUUUAUUUUAUCUGUGCAAAAAAUUUUCCAGGUGGUGGAGGAAACCAGACCCAGCAAGAAGGUAUGGCUGGGGGAAACCAGCUCUGCGUACGGAGGUGGGGCGCCCUUCUUGUCCAACACUUUUGCUGCUGGCUUCAUGUGGCUCGAUAAACUGGGCCUCUCAGCCCAAAUGGGCAUAGAAGUGGUGAUGAGGCAGGUGUUAUUUGGAGCCGGAAACUAUCAUUUAGUGGACCAAAACUUUGAACCAUUACCGGAUUAUUGGCUGUCUCUUCUGUUCAAGAAACUGGUGGGCAGCACUGUGCUCAUGGCAAGUGUGAAAGGUGCAGAAAGAAGCAAACUACGCGUGUACCUUCACUGCACAGAUGCCAGCCAUCCAAGGUAUCAAGAAGGAGAUAUAACUCUGUAUGCCUUAAACCUCUAUAAUGUCACCAAGCGCUUGCAGUUACCACGUCACUUAUUUAACAAAAAAGUGGAUAAGUACCUUGUAAAACCUUCAGGACCUGAUGGAUUACUUUCCAAAUCUGUCCAACUCAAUGGUCAAACUCUGAAGAUGGUGGAUGAUCAAACCCUGCCAGCUUUGUCAGAAAAAGCUCUCCGUCCAGGAAGUGCAUUAGGCUUGCCCCCUUUCUCCUAUGGGUUUUUCGUGAUAAGAAAUGCCAAAGUUGCUGCCUGUAUAUGAAAACAAAUGUCUAGCCCUGAGAUGAACUAUUUCAAAAGUAUUGGUAAGAGGAAAGCAAAACUCAAGCCAUAGAAAGGCAAGCAGAUUUGUUACAAAUCAACCAGUGGGAGCCUCAGAAACACCGGGACUCUCUCAUUGCAAAUUUAGCUCAGAAUUUUGAUGUCUAAGUAGAACACUGCUAAUAAUGGUAGCUAAUUAAACCAUGUGCCAAACACUAUGCUUAGCACUUUGCGUGUACUAUUUUUAAGGUUAUUAAAAAUGUAUAAGAAUAUUCCCAGUAUGGCUGGGAGGCAAAUUGGUGAAGGAUACAUUUUUAGAUUUAAGAAAGUGCUUAUUUUUAUUUUUAAAAACUACUCGAAGGUUGUCAGAUGCUCGCCUCCCUCUGCCAUCUGUACAGGCUCCCAAGGGGGAGAAGUUUACUGCCAGAACUUGAAGCUGGUUGUAAAAAAGGAGCUACCUGCUUACACCAGAGCAGGAGCUACAUUCAGCUGCUACUUCUCUCUGCUCGUGUAUCUUUUUCAGAAACAGUUUGUGAGAGGACAGAUGAUUAGAUGAGAUAGCAUCCCCCAAAAAAUGGUGAAUGACAAUUCAGAGGGAAGGUAUUAUGUAAACUUCAAAUAAGGUGUUAAAAUGAUUGUGCAUGAAAUUGACUUACUAAAAGCAGAAACUUUAGAAAAUGUCCACUACAUCAUAACCAUCUGUUAAUGUUUAGUUUUCCCUCCUGUUAGUUCUUGUUUCAUUUUGAAAACUUUGUGCUACAAGUGACAGAAAAUCCUGAUUUAAAUGGCUUAGAAGACAAGGAAAUUUACAACCCCACAUAACAACAGAUUCAAGUAGGGCAGGUUCAGACAACUGUGUAGAUUUUUCCCUUUAUCUGCUCAGCCUUCUUCAGUGCUGGUUUCAUUCUGGGGCUAGUAGCAUGGUGGCUGUGGCUGUUCCAUGGACCCUUUCAGACCUGGUAGCAUCCAGAAGAAGAUGAACAAUUUUUUUCUGUCCCCUCAGACUUGAACUCUUUCUCAGAGGUUCUCCCAGCAAAACUUUCUUCAUGUCUUAUUGGUCAGAAAUAGGUCAUGUGGUCUUUUCACCAAUCCCUGCCCGUAACCAUGAGGUGCCUAUAAUUGUCUUCUGGUUAUCCUCUUUUGAAGAGGAGAAGUUUUGGGGGAGUCCACAGCACUAGACAUGACAAUUCUAUACAUUUAGCAGUGACAAAGUAUAUUAUUUUUCUCCUAUAUUUUAAUCCACUUAAGGAUUACUAUCCGUUAUAUUUAUGCCUGCUAUAACUAUUAUCUCCAAUUUAAGUUCAUUUAUAAAGUUAGAAUUUAAAGUUUGGAUGCCUCAAUACCCUAAAAUUUUAUAUGUAAGUAGUUGUUAUA